UUCCUGUUACAGCUACUCCACAAGUUUACACUAUUCGCUGAUGAAUGUGGGCGACAGCGGACUGGAAACUUUGUCACAGGCCGCAAGUUGUAGCGUACUAUCUUCCCGACUCAGUUCACCCCAAUUAAAACGAACAGUGCGCCACUGCGCCUGUUGUAAUGGCAAGAUCGGCUCUUGUCACGCAGCUCUGCCUGAUAUGGGUCUUUGGAACUUUGGCGCAAGAUUUACCAGACGACUGGCAAAAAUAUAUUGACCGGGAAGUGUUGCGAUCAUCGUUGGAGAGCGGUUCCCAGUGGACGUCAGGAAGCGGACUAUUCGAAGGGGAUAUUUCCGGCAUCGAUAGGGGCUCCAUCUCACAGUCACAGGGCCAACGGGAUUUUGUUGAAACCAGGAACUCACUUUGGCCGGACGGGCGCGUGCCUUAUGAAAUCAGUGCCAACUUUGAUAAAUCGGAGCAUAUUUUGCUCCAGAGCGCCAUGGUAAACUUAUCAGCGGAAACGGGGAAUGACUGCGUGACGUUUGUUCCCCGCACCGACGACGAUCAGCACUUCGUCCGCUUCAUCAAAACGGAUCCGACUUUUGGUAACUGCCAGUCCAAAGUCGGUCGCCAGUUUGCUUCCAGACAGCGCGAUCAACCGAUCGUACUGACGUCAGAUUGUGUGCAGGAAAUCGGGACUAUCCAGCAUGAGAUUAUGCAUGCUUUGGGAUUUUUUCAUGAAAUGUCGCGUUUUGAUCGUGAUGAAUACGUUACAAUUAUCCGAAAGAAUAUAAUCCCAGAUGAGAGAGACCAGUUUGAGAAAUAUCGCGGCGACAUGCAAGGACUUGAUUACGACUAUGAAUCUAUCAUGCACUACCCGUUCAAUGCCUUCUCCGUAAAUAAGGCGACACCCACAAUUCUGCCGAAAAAACUGGGGGCUCCCAUUGGCCAACGCAAACGUCUGUCGCGCCUGGAUGUCGAGCGAAUUCGCAGAGGAUAUUGUCCGACGAAACAUUCGAUCGCAAAAGUUGAACCAUUUCCAAAUAAUCACGUCUUUACAGACCAAACAGCCGUGGCUACUGACACUGCCACGCCACUCCUCACUGGCACAUCCGGCACGAAUACGACCGUGGUUAUGUCAGAGACCAGCAAAAAGGGCGAACGGGAGCCAGCAGCUGAGUUCCCUGCGGCCGUGAAUGCAGUGACCAGCACGCGGCUACCGGCGCCGAUGCGCAUUGGAGGUGCCACGCCUGUCACAUCAGUGCCGGUUGAAAACUCCACACAGCUAGCGACUUUGACGCCGUUACCGAUAACAGACCCAACGGUAAUCAAACUCGCAACAGAUACGAUGAAUGUCACGCCGAUACCGGUACAAAGAUCCACCGAGGCCGAAAUGGAGCCAACAAAAUUAGCAGGCAGUUUCUCAUGGUGGAAUACGAUGCUCGUGCGUCCACGCCCACGCCGCUGUCGAGAACCACGGAAAACGCUACCGAGACCAGUGCAACUUUUGCAACCGUCACCCGUAACAUGCAGCCCGCGAUUACCUUUCCUAGCUGGAUUCCACAAAGCGGGCCUUUCGUACCAUGGAACCAACCCGGCAACCAGCCAACAGAGUUUGAUAAAAAUAGGAAAAUUCACGUUGGUCCCUGUAGUUCGUUCAGAUACAUACCGGACAGUAUGCAAGAGUUUUUCUUGCCAUCCAACGGAGGCAUACCGGGUUUCGGCUUGCCAUGCAAUACCAAUACGAUACGAAGCACUGUGUCCGAUCUGGGAACGAGUGCGGCUUUGGCAAGCAACGGCAGUGGAACUUCGCCAAUUGGACGAGCUUUUUAUUCAGAUGAUACGUACGUCUAUCCCGCUUCCGGUGAUCGCGCUAACUUUUUCCAAAGAGCCGUGUUUUCUAACAACAAUGGUGACGAUCAGGAUGCGGAUUAGCUCGACGGAAGAUAUUGUAAGGAUAUCCCGAUCCGUGCAGCAUUCAUACCGUUUGGUUUAGCAAGGUUUACUUUUCAUAUGAUACGGAGAGUACGAAACCUUGAUCAUGGGAUUGAUGGCAUCUGUAAUCUGUACGAUUGUCUGCAGAUUCAGCACGAAGCAUGUGAUUGACGUAAUUAUAUAUCGUAAUAAAUUUUGUUUUGAAGUUCAUGGCUGCGAUCGGUUGGUUUUAGACGUAGUUGUCGUGGUUGAUGCAGGCGUUUUCUUGCUAACGAUUGUAAAACUGUAAUCCGUACUGUCUUACAUAAAUCAAAACGUCAAAAUAACCGUAGUUAU